UGCUAUUUUAAUACAUUUCUUUUCUCAAAAAUAACAUUUCAGUAGCUAUAUUGAAGGAAUUUUAAGCUUGCCUCGAGUAUACAAUGUAUUUUAACCGUAUAGUGCUUUUGAAAUAGUAUUAAAAUAUGUUUACUCAAUAUAUUUUUAUGUUGAUGGCAUAUAAGAUCAUCUACAAGGAGAGAAAAAAUGGAAAAUGAAGAAGAAGUACUUGAAAUUGAAGUUGAUGCAGAGGGUGAUGAAGAUCUAAGAGAAGCAGAGCAACCUGCCGUGGCAGUGGAUGGGCCAGAAGAUCAUCCACUCUCUGCACCACAAGGGAGAGGCUUGCCCCCAGAACAUCAUCCGCUCCCUGCUCUUCGGGGGAAAGGCUUGCUCCCAGGUUUCCGUGGACAUAUUGCAGGGCGUUGCUACAAGUGUGGCGUGCGGGGCCAUCGUGCUCGCGCCUGCCAAUCGCGGGCUGUUUGUUGGUUGUGUGGCCAGCGGGGCCACACAAGGGUUGUGUGCCCCCAGCGGCAGACUGGGCGCACAACACAAAAACGAGGGCAGCAAAAGCCCUCAAUGCAAUUUACAAACUGCACGUUUGAGAAGUUUAGUGCUUAAACUUCUCAAACGUGCAGACUAGGCUACGUUGACAUAUAAUCUCUAUACCAUCAUUGAUUUUUAACGUUAAACAUCACGCAUUCUAUACACAAGCAAAAUUAACAUAACAGGUUAAAAGGCGAUUCAAUCAAACAAUUAAUGAGAUAUCAGCAUGUGAAAAAUGAGCCAAUAAUGUUUUCAAUCUUAAUAUCGUUCUCAACAAUUCGACUACCCGAUGAGAAAUCACUGUAUGUCAACGUAGCCAAAUAUUGCGAGUUUGUUAUUUUAACUGUUAUGUAAAUAUUAAAUUUGUUCUGUUUUAAAUUGUUAUAUUUUAUUGUAAAUACUUUAUUUUGUUAAAUAUAAUAUGAUUUUCACACUGUUUCGGAAAUGAUGUUGUUGCAUUAAGGUCCGGCGAGGGGUCACUGCAUGCAAUGUAU